AUGAAUGAACAAGAAAACGAAUAUGAUUCGCUGUACGAUGUAAUAUACGAUUAUGACGUUAACGAAGAAUUCCUCAAGGGGAACGACAACAACGUUCAGUCUGCAACACAGGUGCUCAGUCACACAAAAAGUCAGUUAACUGUUAAGGGAGAAAGCGAAAACUGGGCCAAUGUGCGUUCGGGAAAUGCCCACCCAAAUGACGCAACACAUGAUGAAAAUGAAGAAAACGCUUCACCAUUAUCGUCCAUACGGUUAAACGAUAAAAAUGGCGAUUGCGCGUGGAGGGGUGAAAAGGACAGCCAGCUAACGCCUCAGAAGAACACCCCAGACAAUGCUACAGGGAGCGGAAUAAGCUCCAUAAACAUGGGUCAUUUUAAAAAAAGGGAUGAUCUUCCUGUCCUAAAAAGUAGUACACAGUAUAUUGAUAGUGGCAACGCUGAGGGUAGCAAUUCCAAAGCGGCAGCAAGAGAGGAGGCCACAAUUAUGAACCCCGAAACACGGGAAAAUCAUUUGCCAGUUGGUUGUUCAUUAUCAGCUGAGGGAGGAAACACAUCUGCAAAUGGCGCCUCUACACAUGUAGCACAAAUACGCAGCUCCCAAAACUUUAAUAAAGAAACGGACCUCAACAUGAGGAUACUAUCAACCGAUUGGCAGAGUACAUACAACUCGCACGACGUGACUGUAGGCAAGAAUUAUAACAACGUAGUAAACCGUAAAAAUGUAUUAGGAGAAAGUGCCUCCAACGAGCAAGGAAUUAGAGCGGACAGUCCUCAGAUUGAUACGGCAAAAGACGAGGAAACACAUCACAAUAAUGACGUUAUGAUGAAUGGUCGAGGGGUAAAGGAAAAAUACAAAAAACUUAGAUUCGAAGAUGAUAUAUAUAAAGAAAAUGAAGAUGGAAAAGCUGAUGCAAAAAAUGAACAAGUGUCAAAUCAGGAAGAAACAAACCAAUUGGAUGAGAAAACUGCCAUUAGUAAUGACAACAAAAAUGUAGAACACAGUAAUGGUAAUAACACCUCGGAAGAAAAAAACAAAACGGAAAUAAAUUCGAAUAAAAACACAACAACAGAAAAUGAUGGUAGAAGUACAUUCGAAUGUAACAUUUGUUUUGAUGAUGUGAGAGAUCCGGUGGUAACGAAAUGUGGCCAUCUGUUCUGCUGGUUAUGUCUCUCUGCAUGGAUUAAAAAAAAUAAUGAUUGCCCUGUCUGCAAAGCUGAAGUUUCAAGGGAAAAUGUAAUACCUCUGUACGGAAGGGGUAAAAAUAGUAGAGAACAUAAAUAUUCGAAUAUGGAAGAACCUAGACCCACUCCCAAAAGGAAAGAAAGUGUUAGGAGAAAUACUGGUUAUUCUAACAAUUUAGGGUUAAGGGCUUCCUUUGGCGUUUGGGUGAACCCUUUUUCCUUUGGAAUGUCGUACACCAACAUGCCAGAAGAGCCCUACUUUUAUGAUAGCGGUGGUGGUGACAACAGAACCCAGGCAGAAACAUAUCAAGCGGAAGCUGCAUCUUCCUUUUUCUUUUUCCUGGGUUUUUUUCUGUCCCUCUAUAUUUUGUUUUACUCUUCCUAG